AUGGGGGUCCUGAAACAGAUCCAAAGGGUGGUCCAGCACAGGAAGCAACAUGGAAAAUGUGGAAUGAAGGAUUCGAUAGCAGCGCCAUGGUCGUCAUGGUCCUGUGCGAAGAUCCUAUGCAUCCUGCUCGUGCUGAGUCUGAUGAUGCAACCGAUACACGGAAGCCUGUAUCAUCGGCAGAGGGGAUUGAGCACGAGGAGGAAGAUUAUUUCACCGCGAGCCAUUGGGGAGGAGCAGCUGCUCGUCAUAUCUGAGGGGGUCCAGGAGCAGACGCGCGAUCCGAGCCUCUACAAGCUUCGUCGAUCUGUGUUCUACCGCACUGCAGCUCUGCUUCCUGAGGAGGUGGACCUGAGACAGCUCAUGAGUCUCGAUGAGUCGCGAAUGUCUGCAAAGAACCUCAAGAAGCUGUUGGAGCAGGAAAGCAGGUUCUUCCUCCUCCCCCUCGAAACUCAUACAUUCCCCCAGGCUCUGCAGGAGGGGAGGAAUCCUGUGCAAGCUGAGCUCGUUGGGAUCAAGAGAGACUUAAUCAAACUUGAAAACUUCACGCCGCUGGACGGAUGUCGGGUCCAAGAGGAGGGGAAGCAUAGCGCGAAGGAGAAAGAGAGAGCCCUCGCAGAGGUCGAUGAGCGGCUGCCAUCCCUGCCGCUGAACGUAGAGACGCUGAUGGGAGAUCUUGAUAUUGCCAUGGAAGCGGCUCCACGGGGAAAGGAGGAGGCGAUAGAAUGCCUGAACCUCCUCCACAGCUUUUUCACGCUAAAGUUGCAGUGGAACAUAUCAGAUCACCACCACUCCCAGAUCCUGACGAGGCAGAACGACGCGGCCAACGAGAAGUUGUGGGAGGCUGCGUCUGCAGGAGACAUGGAACUACUGAAGGAGGCCUUGAAGGAAGGGGCGGAUGUGAACGCGAAGAGGGACAGCCAGCUCUUCUGUACCUCCAUGCACUUGGCAGCCGCUGGUGGACAUACUGACGUUAUCGCGCACUUGGCUGAGAGCGGUGCCGUCAUUGACAUGCCCAACUGCCUUGGCUCUACUCCACUCCACUGGGCGGCAGCGUGUGAUCGGGAGGAGGCGUGUCAAACGCUCUUGAACCUCGGCUCGAACGCUCGAGUCAUUAACUGGCAUGGGUUGACCCCGGCCGAUCGCGCCAAGGCGGCUGGGAGCAGGAGGACGUCCUGGUUGCUGAGGAGGGCACAUGGAGGAGGAGCUAGAUGGUCGAUCAGCGCGGGGGAGCCAAGGGAUACUCCUGAUAUGCGUUUGUUUGAAGGCAAUCAGGGAUGA